AUGGAAUAAGAGCCUCUGAUUCACAAAGACAUUGUUUACCUAAGACAUAAUGAAACCAAUGGCUAUCUGACAGACACUGGAGUUUCCUAUUAGAAUGGGUAUGGCUAAUUUAUGGAAUGAUUAGCUACAUAUUGGGCACCAAAAAGGAACAAGAUCAAAAUUCUGUAUGGAUCAUAGAAAAGUACAGUCCUCCUGUUCAAGGCCUCAAAAAGCCCAAUUACACAAAGGUGGAAAUAUGGCCUUGUGAUAUGGUGGUUAUCAGGAAUGGCAAAACUGGGAAUGUAAUCACUUGGUAUCUAAGACAUCAAAUUUUAGUAACAUAGGAAACAAAUCACUAGUUACGAAAUAAGGAGAGAUGAUCGUCGCCAAUCAAUAUGAGGGGACAGGGGAAUAAUAAUUUCUAUUGAUAUUCGAUAAAUUUGAUGAAAUAAAUCUAAAUAGAGUCAGACUUGUCAAUGUCCUCGAUGAGAAUCAUGCCUUGCAUUCUCACAAUAGGUAAUACAAGAAUCCCAAAGAUGUCAAUGAAGUCACGGGCUUUACAGGCGUAGACCAAAAUGACUAUUGGUCAAUCAUACCUGUAUUUUAAUCAAGUGAUUGUAGGUGUCUAGGAAUGUUCGGUAGUCCAUCUUCAUAAAGGAACAACAAGAUGUCGAUAAACCAGUGAGACCAAGAUGUUACAAAUACAUUCACAAUAUGGAUAAGUUAGUUAUUAGAAAUUGCUUCACUGGAGGAUCCUUACAUUCUCAUACUAGUACAUAUACACAUGGAAAUAAACAACAGGAAAUAACUUGGAGAUACUCCAUUAGGAGAGAUCAAAAUGAUUGGUGGGUGAUUGAAUUGGCCAAUGGAAAUUCAGACAUCACCAGUCAAAUUCAGGAUAAAUCUCUUUUGUUUUUGACUCACACUGGAACAGGAAAGAGAUUGAUGCAUAUCAAUGGUGCUAGAAAUAAAAAGAAAGAUUAUCUUGAAGUCAAUUGCGGAGUCUAAGAAGAAGCUGAAUUCCAAAUUGAAGGUAUUUAAAUGACAAUCCAUUUUCAGGAGUCGACAUGGGCAUCCCUGAAUUGAACACUCUUCUUCUUGAGUAUCCCUUUAGACUCAAACAUGUCAAAACCUCCUAGUACUUGGCUGCUUUGAGUAGGCCAUCCAGUAAAACCACUUUUCAAGGGGAAGUUGUGUUGGUAGGAGGAAAAGAACAGAAUACAAUUUGGAUGGUUGAAACUGUAGAUUCCUUAUUUGAUUGA